GGUAAACAAGGUGGUCCGCCCAUGUGACAGCUUUAUAACUUAGUUCAUGGAGUUUUGUAUGUCAUAAAUCCUAUAUGAAUGCACGCAGCACCCACUGGUCUAAUGAUAUAAUCGCCAAGGCAAUGCAGCCAUGAGUCAACAGGUGAAGACACUGUUCUCAUGGGACACAGAAUUCAGUGCAGACUCUGCUGAGUUUUGCCCUGUUGAGCCCUUCCAGGACAUCCUGGCUGUGGGUACCUACCAGCUUGCUGACCCUGACUGUCUUGAGGGUGCUGAUGCCAGUGACCUUCCAAAGAAGAGGCUUGGAAGGCUGUAUUUGAAACAAAUGAAGGACAAGUCACUAGUCUUGUUGCAACAGAUUGACAUGCCAGCCAUCCUGGACCUCAAGUGGUGCUGUCACAGUGUACAAGGAAACGUCCUGUUGGCUGUUGCAAAUGCAGUGGGCCAGCUAAUUGUGUACAAGCUAGAGUUCAAUGGUGAUCUUGGCCCAUGCCUCACACUCCUAUGCCAACACAAUAUUGACGAAAUCUCGACUCUAGCUCUAUCUAUUGACUGGUCCACUCGCAAAGAAUCUUGUGAUGAUCCAAUGAUUGCCAUCAGUGACUCUAAAGGUAAAAUUACUCUUAUAAAACUAUGUAAUGAGGAACUGAACCUACAGCAAAGAUUUCUAGCCCAUGACUAUGAAGCUUGGAUAACAGCCUUCAACUACUGGAACACAAGCAUCCUCUACACUGGAGGAGAUGACGGAAGGUUUCGCUGUUUUGAUGCGCGAGAGGAGCCAGCAGCAGCAGUGUUCACCAAUAGAAGCCAACACAGUGCAGGGGUGACAAGCAUCCACGCCAGCACCAAGUCAGAGUUCACAGUGGCCAGCGGGAGCUACGACGAAAGUGUGUGUUUGUGGGACACUCGGAGAACCAAAUCCCCCGUGUCUGACCUCAACCUUGGUGGUGGUGUAUGGCGUCUGAAGUGGGAGCCUGGACCUGAACGUCUCUUACUGGCUGCCUGUAUGCACAAUGGCUUCCAUAUUGUGGACACCUCUGAUUCAGCACUCCAACAUGUGGCCUCCUUCACUGGCCAUGAGAGUCUGGCCUAUGGGGCCGACUGGUGGUGGCCUGGCUCAAGUGGAACCAGUAGGAUAGUGGCCUCAGCCUCUUUCUAUGACCACCUAUUAUGUUUAUGGGAAUUCUCAACAAGCUGAAGUAACAUGCAUGACAUUAGCCAUGCACAUAAGUCAGGUUUUCUUCAUGUGUUAUUGCAUCAGGUAUUUCCUCUCACAUCAGCCUACUUUGUCCAAGAUGGCAAAGUAAUAUUGUUGAUUUUGUCUUUGGGAGUUAUGGUGAGGACACUUAACAGGUCCUGGAGAAACUUAUUUCUAUUGUCUAUUACAGUACUGCCCUUCCAUCAGGGUGAAGUUGACAGCAGCUGCUGUUACUCACACACCAAUUGUAUUACUGAUAUCUGGUUGCAAGUUUUUAUUAUAUGGUAAAGAAAAAAAACAAUAAAUAGAACCAAUAAAUAAAUAUGAAAUAAGUUUUUUCCUUAAAAUAAUGAAUCUAGCAUGAUAGUGCUGACAAUAACUGAUUUCUUGAAGAUAUACUUACACAGCUGCUUCAAUAUAACUUUUCCAUAUUGUCUUUUUUUCUGUCUUCUAAGAUUUCACUUCACUGAAGUAUUACUGAAGAAAUCUAUGCAUACCAAGUUAAUGUAAUCAUACAUCCACUUGCCAGGCCAGUGUCCCUAAUAAGUGAUAUAUGAUACUUACCAUGGUGACUAAAAACAAACCAAAUAAAUUGUAUUCUAUUUUU